AUGGUCACGGUCACGGUCAUCUUGGCGAUUCUCCCCGUUUUGGGGGCAGGCCGAGCAUUCGGCCUCUUCUUUCCUCCACACUUCUUAGAUGAGCAUUUCUCCACACUUCAAGUUCCCGACUUCUCCAAUUUCAACUCGACGGUGGAGGAAGUGGAGGCCGUUAAGGCGGAAUUUCGAGCCUUAUAUCCAUCCCUCCAAGACUUCUCUUUACCUACACUUUGGAACUUCCACGUCUCCCGGGGAAAUUCCAAACAGAGACAUGGACAUCACAUGGAAGUGGACUUCAACCUUCAGGAAAAGGCAAGGGAAGCGGGGAAGGACAUCGGAGAACUGGAUAUCCGGCUAGCCAAUUUGAAGGUGAGAAUAGAGUCUCAUUCCCAGUCCAGCUUCCUCAGUGUCUUCAAGACAACGCUAGGGAGGACAGAGCAUGUGACCACAUCUCGGAUCGAGUCGGGUCAACAUGGCUUCGACCUCACACCUACAUUUGAAGGAUCCAGUCAGAAUGCCUCUGGAUCCUUGUUCCUCUUUUGUCGACACUGUGAAGUGCUGGAGGCAGAUUUUGGCAUCCUUGUAGCUCAGAAGGAAUAUGUGAGGUCAAAGGUGAAACGAUCAACCUCGUCCAAGGAGUGCAAGUGCUGCCGUACCUCCAUGUUGAUUUCCUUUCACAAGAUGAAGAAAUUCCAUUUCAUCAUUUCACCGAGGGAGUUUGAUGCAUUCCGGUGUGGGGGUACGUGUCCAUAUGGUCACAAUCCAGCUAACCAGCAUGCCAUGUUUCAGUACGAAAGACAUGAGUAUGAAGUAGGAAUGGGGGUUGAUCCCAUCCCUCUACCUUCCUGUGCUCCCACCAAACUCUCUGACCAGCAUUACUUCUACAUUGACGAUCAAGGAAAGUUCUACCGUGGGAUGUGGAGGGAUGCCAUUGUUCAAGAGUGUGCUUGCUCUUGA